AUGGCUAACGGCGUUGCUCCAGAGGCUGUAAUUCCCAUCGAAGCUACUCUCAUGGCCUUGGCCAUAUUCUUGGCUUCUGGUCGACUGGUUCCCCGCCUUUUACAACGACAGUAUCCUACUGUUAGUGACAGUCUCUUGAUAGCGUCUAUCCUGGACGCUGUUGGCCUUUUCGUCACCGACUACCUGACGUACAUAUGGGGUGGCAUGACGGAUGAUGCAGAGGCAUCGACAGCUCGUGUGAUCGCGCUCAAGAAGGUGCAAUUCGCCGGCAAUGCAUUCUACGACACUGGCAUCUACUGGCCAAAGUUGGCAAUCCUCGCGCUAUACUUUAGGCUCAUCCCUCCGACGAUGCCGUGGUUGCGAAAAGCACUUUACGCAGUUUCUUCGAAUUGGUCCCCUGAUGAGGCAGCCUGUAAUACCUUCAGCUCCAAGGAGGUUUUCAGGAUCGACUGGAGCCUUAAUGUCACCUCCGACGUGUUCAUCUUCGCGUUACCAUUCCCCCUACUUCGUUCACUACAGCUCCGUCGUCGCCAGAUCUGGGGUCUUGUAGCGACAUUUUCACUUGGUAUCGUCACGAUAGCAAUGAGUGUGCUUCGGUUCGCAACGAUAGAGGUCAUAUAUGCCUGGACCAACGUCUACGUCCUUUCCAUGACCGAAAUGGCUGUCGCCAUCAUGGUAGUCUCCCUACCGUCAAUGAGAUCCUUCCUACGACGCGGCAGCCUCUUCUCCUCGAACAAGAAAUCGCACUCUUCUGGAUCUCGUACAUAUGGACACCAAACACCAGCAUCCGGGUCGCACAACUUUUUGCGUCCUUCCAGAAGAGGCAAGCACACCGCCCGCGUGCAUACAGAUGAAGACUCGGGCAGCGAAGUAGAGCUGAACACCAUGUCAAGGAAAGAUGUCAUCUACGAGACGCGCCGCGUUAGCGUGCAGUUUUCAAAGUCGCCUGAUGAGGAACACGAGAUUCCUGCCAAGUACCCAUGA